AUGAGUAUGCCAUAUCGUCACAAAGCCCUCAGCGGGCGUGAAUGCCAUGAAAUGCCGAAGUUCAUCCAUCCAGCGGUUAGAAAUUUAGAACCCAAGGAGAACGUUACUACUAUUUCUCCAAACACCAACGCUGAGUCCGGAUCUGUUUCAUUUCGUGAUAUGGCUAAGGCUUUCGAUACGGCUAGUGAUACAGCAUCUAACACGACUAAGGCUUAUGAUACUGUUAAGGCCUAUGAUACGAUUAAGGCUUAUGAUACAGUUCAAGGUGUCAAUACAGCCGUGGUUGAUUACCCAGCUAAAAUACCAGCUGCCCUUAAAGCUAGUAGUAUAACCAAUUCUAGUACGAUUACGGCUAGUGAUACUACUAGAACUAGUAAAACGAGUAGGGUAGGUAAUGCAAUCACGGCUAGUAAUGCAACCAAAAAUAAUAGAAGAAAUAGGCCUAACAACCGAGCUAAAUCUACGAAGACAAAUAGAGUUAAUAAUAGAACUAGGGUUACUAAUGAAACGAAGAAUAGUAACAAAGUUAAAGCUACCGAUGAAACUAGACCUGAUAACAAAAAUAAAGUUAUUAAUGCAAGUAAAGCUAAUAAUAAAGCUAAAAUUAUUAAUGCAAUUAAAGAUAAUAAUAAAAUUGAGACUACUAACUCAGCUAAGUCUAAUAAUAAAAUUGAGAAUAUUAAUGCAAAUAAAGCUAACAAUAAAACUGAGGCCAAUAUUAAAACUGAGCCUAACAAUAAAAUUAAAGCUAAUAGUGAAACUAUGCCUAACAAGAACAUCAUAUAUUCAGAACGACCCAGCCCGAAUAUGCCAAGUACUUAUAUGGGGGCAGCUAGAAUUAGUGAUAGUAUGCCUAGUAAUUUUAGGGGUCGUAACAAAGUUGAAGAUAAGGAUGUUCUUGUAGUAGGGCAACAUAUAGCUGAAGUUGGUGGUCACAUUCAUCGGAUAGCUUUAACUAACAAUGGUAUGAGGAUAAAAGAAAGGACAACUAAUGCUACACUUACUGAUAGAUUAGAUAAUAAAAAUAACAUUGAUCCAUCAGCGAAAAACAAAAACCAAUUAAAAAAUACCACCAACAACACAAACACCGAUAUUACAAAAUAUUAUUCACAAACAAAAAACACAAACACCAAUAACAAUGUUCCGCGAACAUACGACACGAAACAUUACAAUAACUCUUCUACUGAUGAAAGUGGAAGUUACUAUAGCUAUCUAUUAAUAAUUUUCGUGCUCAUUUUCGGGCGAUAA